CAUUUCCAUCUGGAAAGGAGAAGAAAACAAGCAAAACUUCCCAAAGGCAAAAACCGCAUUCUCGCGUCUGCUUUCCUUCCACACCCAUAUCCACCCCCCGCGUGACCGCGUCUCGCCCCGUCGCCAUGGAUGCCAUCGACUCCGUGGUGGAUCCCCUCCGCGACUUCGCCAAGGACAGCGUCCGCCUCGUCAAGCGCUGCCACAAGCCCGACCGCAAGGAGUUCACCAAGGUGGCGGCGCGGACGGCGAUCGGGUUCGUCGUCAUGGGCUUCGUCGGCUUCUUCGUCAAGCUCAUCUUCAUCCCUAUCAACAACAUCAUCGUCGGUUCCGGCUAGGCUUACAGGAGUGCAGGACGAUUAGCAUGGGAGUAGUGCGAUACUUCUGAGAGCAGGAUCUUGGUCUUUCGAAUAGUAUUGUUAAUGACAGUUUUUAUUCGUUGUGUUUCUGGAGUAAUCGUUGUACUGUAAGACUUCAGGAUGUCUGGAUACCGGAUUCUGAGUAGACCUUGAAACCUUGAUAAAGCAGCCAGUCUUGGAAAGAAAGUUUUAUCUUUUGUUGUUUCGUUAA